AUGGAACUUUGGAAUCGGUUAUGUCUUAAGCUUGGCAAUGAUGUCUGGUUGGUUGGAGGGGUCUUUAAUUUGAUCACUUCUGUUAGUGAGAACAAAUGUGGAAAUACUCCUAAUUUGAUUUUGUUGGCUGAUUUCUCUGAUGCACAGUUGAAGAUAGAUCUUUUUGUUUUGGGUUUUAACGGUUUUGCCUUUACUUUGUCUAGAGGACAUGUUUUUGAAAGAUAUCUUAAUAUGUGGAUUAUUCACCCUUCUUUCAAACAAUUUGUUUCUGAUAAGUGGAAAAUUGCAGUUGUUGGUAAUGUUGGUUAUAAAUUAUGGCAAUUACCGAAAAGUAACAUGGAACUUACUUUAACUUCUAAAUAUGAGGAAAUUAAGCUUGCUCUUGAAAGCAGUGAUAGUGGUACUGAAGCUUUACAUAAUUGCACUGAUGGCAUUGAAGGCACUGAGGUUAACACUCAUCAUAUGCAUGUUCAUGAGGGUAAUAUUUUGGCGGAUGAUACUAAUGUGCAUCUUGUUAGUAUGGCUUUUGAGGAGCCUGUGGAAACAAAAAUACUAGUGGAUCAUAAUAAUACAAAUAACGGAAAUUUAUUUGCUCCUAGGACUUCGAUCCAAUUUCCUAUCGCUAGAGCUGCUACUGAUACUGUUGAUAUCAAUUCUACUUUAUCUAAUGCUGAUGCUCAGAACAUUAUUGAUUCUUUGGAAUCUCAGCUUGAUGCUUCUCCUGCUUUGGUGGACAUUGUUGCUCAGGCUCACAUUGCUUUAAUGGAUGCUAUUGCUAUUGAGGAAAAUCUGCUUAAGCAGAAGUCUAAUGAUUCUUAUUUUGUCGAAAUCCUUAAUACUUUCAAAUCUAUUUGCCCCAACAAAGCUCCUGGGCCUGAUGGAUUUUCCUCUACCUUCUAUAUUAAUUCUUGGAAAGUUAUCAAGAAUGAGGUAAUACUUGCCAUACAAAGCUUCUUCCUUGGAGACAAUCCUGGUAAAAAUUUUACCUCUGCUUUAAUUGUGCUCAUUCUAAAAGGUAAUGAUAAAAUAUCCUGGGACAAUUUCCGUUCUCUAUCUCUCACUACUGUGAUAUCUAAAGUUAUGAGUAAGAUUAUUGUGAACAGAUUGCAGCCUUAUCUUUCUUAUACUAUUGCUGCUCAGCGGUCUACUUUUAUCAAGGUUAGGGAUAUUAGUGAUAAUAUCCUUUUAGCACAAGAGAUAAUUGAAGAUUUGGACAAAAAAUGCAGGGGAGGAAACAUGGUGCUUAAGCUGGACAUUAAGAAAUCUUUUGAUACUAUUAGCCUGGACUUUAUUAUUAAUCUUUUGCAGGCUAAAGGCUUUCAACAAGACUUCUGCUCUCUCAUUAAGAGGUGGCUCUCUAAUAAUUGCUACAGUGUGAUGGUGAAUGGUAAAGCUCAUGGUUUCUUUUCUGCUAAUGGGGGCAUUAAACAAGGGGACCCACUCUCUACCAAAAUUUUUAUCAUUGCUUUUGAUUAUUUUUCUAGGCUUAUCAAUAAGUUGCAAUAUGAGCAUUCUUAUAUUCAAUAUUCUCACAAGUCCAAAAUUAUGGCGAGUCACCUUGCUUAUGCUAAUGAUGCAAUUUUGUUCUUAAAUGCUAGCAAGCGUGCCAUCAAAGCUACCAUGUAUUUGCUGAAAGAAUUUCAAAACACAUCUGGUAUGAUGUUUAACCUGACUAAAUGCACCAUUUAUUUUAUCAAGGGUGUCCCCUCUAACACUGAUUCUUAG